CUCUCGUCAUCAUGGUCUUCAUCAUGAUCAACGGCAACAUGCCGCCGGCCGUCGUGUUUGCAAUGAUCGCGGUACAGGUCGCGCCCAUGCUCCUACAAGGAACAUCUAUCUCUAUUCGGCAGGAUCUGCUCAUGCUAACGGUGGGCCUGGGAUACCUCGCGUACACAGUCUACACAAAGCGAGCAGUCUUGCAAGAGCGCGGUGUCAGUGGGUUCGUGACGUAUCUUAUGUCCAGCUUUCUUUCGCCUGCCCGUGGCACAGCUGUCCAGGACGAGCCCAUGCACCAGGAGAAUAACGAGCAGUACAGCCGCAUGCUCAAGACAAUUUCCCGACUCCCAACUGAAGAGUUUAAGGCGCCAUCCGAAUGCAGUGUGCACGAUCUCAAGGAGCGUCUUGCGGUGCGCGGUAUUCCCCACGGUAAAGUCAUUGAAAAAGAGGAAUUCGUUCGACUCCUCCAAGAUUUCCGCGGCGGGCCUGCCGCAUCGUGCUGCAUAUGCUGCGAAGACUAUGUUGCAGGUGACGUACUGCGGAUCCUGUCGACAUGCAAGCACGAUUUCCACCUCGAAUGCAUGGACAAGUGGGCGCUAACUCUGGCCAACUCAACGCGCACGCCGUCUUGUCCGCUGUGCAACCAAGAACUGUAACAAACCCAACUUUUUAUGUCAUCAGCGUGGUAGUGUUUGCUCGGGCACUGUCGAUCGCGGCCAUGUCAAUGUAGCACUUCUUCUCGAGCGCCAGGAGCGCCAACUCGAUGCGUCGCGUAAUUGCUGAGUACAAUUUCUUCUCGGCCGCUCCGCUUUCCCACGUGAACCCGUCGCCCUGCCAGCUCAUACAUCAACACGACACGAGGGCAAGAAGGAAAGAGGCGCCUUACCGCGAUACCUUGGCGUCUGUCGGCCUCGUACUUUUUGAAGAGGUCGUCAAAGUAGAUGGGGCUCCCCACGACCACAUGCACGCGUUGCCCGACUCGAGGGAUGACACUCUUGAGCUUGUGCUCGGCAGUUUGCGGCAUCACCUGAAACAGCUACGUCAGUGGUGGCUCGCCAAGAAUACGAAGAGUGCAGUUUGCAAAGUCUCACGAUGGAUUGCACAUACCUUGUCCAUGCCAACGUGGUAGAUGGGCAGCACCACUGGCGUGAUCUCGGCGCGGGCAAUCAGCUUGCCGACUCCCCACUUCAGACGCCCGAUUGUGGUGGCUUCGGGCCCGUCACGACCUCCCAACGCUGCGUCCCACAAAGCAUCAAUGAAAAUACGGGGGAUCAAAUGAAAACGCAAAAGACUUACCACCGCCUUGUACGA